GAACGACAGGGAUGGGUUUAUGGUCAGGGCUGUGACAGAGUCCAAAGGUCGCAGCUGCCUUCUGAGCUUUGCAACGACCGCAGAGCUCCUGCACAUGGGUUUCUCUGAGGUUCAGUCACACUUCUGGAGAUCCAGGUAUGGGGCUGUGGGUCCAGCUGCCAGCAGUCACCUUCGUCUCGGCGUUGGUAUCUACUCCCCAUCCCACUGCAGGUGGUCGCCACGAUCCGUUGCUUGUCUUGGACGGUUAUGAGAACGAUGGUAUCCGACUCAAAUGUUUCUCAGAGAGGUUGCUUUCUGAAGUCCAGGUGUUGUGGACGGAUGGGAGAGGAGACAAUAUCACUGCGACUCCUCUUACCACAGGCACCACAACCGCGACCGCCAGCAGCUCCGUUCUUCUCAAACCAGGAGCUGGAAACUCUGCAUCCUGCAAAAUAAUUGAUAAACUGCUGAGAACAUCAACCGAGUCUUCAGUGGUCAUCGCGGAUGCCUUCUUCCCUGUCACCUCCCCUUGGCUCCCAGCGUUUGUCGUCCUCCUCUUCUUGAGCAUCUUCUUGGUUAUCACCGCCAUUUAUCAGCUCCGAAAGAACCAGAAGACAAUGAUACGGGAAACGAACGCACAAGGAUGCAUCCAAAACGACAUCGAUCGACUCAAGAAGGAACUGACUGAGGAGCAGAAGACCUUUGAGAACGCAAAUCAGAAGAUGUUAGCUGAAAUAGAAAGGAUCCGGCAACAACUGGAGUUCUGUAGAGCGCGGAGCAAUGCAGUUAACAUCACUCUGGAUGAAAACUGCAAACAUCCCAGCCUCAUGGUCAAGGAGAAGAACAGAGUCAGGUCCUCCAGCCAGGCAGAGAUCCCACCAGAAGCAGUGGUCCUCGCUACCGAAGGGUUCUCAGGGAAGAAGCAUUAUUGGGAAGUGGAAGUGGGAAACAAAUCCGAGUGGGGGCUGGGUGUGCUGGGUGAGGAAAUGAGGAACACGCUGAGAACCGUCACCGUGGACCCACUGUCAAAGGAGAACACCUUCAGCUUGUGGUUCUCCAAGGGAGAGUACAGUUUCACCGGUGGAACGGACAUAAAGUACCACAAAGUCUGCAGCGUGGUGGGGGUUUUCCUGGACCUGGAGCUGAACCAGCUCUCGUUCUUUGAUGCUGAAGAGAAAUAUUUGCUCAAACGUCUCAGUUUGGAGCGUUCUGGGACGCUGUAUCCGUUCUUCAGCCCGGGCGCUGAUGGGAAAUGGUUGGGAGUGCGCCCUGUGAUGGAGAAGGCAUUCCCCUCGCUGUGAGGUCAUGGGUUGGGUUGGAAGGGACCUUAAAUGUCACCGAGGUCCAAUAAUUCUGGCACGGGCAGGGACACCUUCCACCAAGAGAUGAAUAAAUCAAUGGUGCAGAGAAUCACAGGGAUUGUGGAGGAGAGUCAGGAAAAACAUCAUCAGCUUUUAAAGCCAUAAUCAAGAGUUUGGGUUGGAAGGGACUUUAAAGGUCAUCCAGAUCGAACCCCACACCAUGGGCAGGGCCACCUUCAUAGAAUCACCGAAACAUGGAAUCACUGAGAUGGGAAAAGGUCUCUGAGCUCAUCCAGUUCCAUUGUCAGCCCAACCCCAUCGUGCCUACUAAACCGUGUCCCCAACUGCCACCUCCUACGUGUUCUCGGAACCCGUCCAGAAAUGGGGACUCCAAUCCUUGUUCUCCAAGGUUCUGUUCCAGACCACUUAGGUACAAGACCCAGCUUCAUAAUUCAAUGUACGUCACCCUGCCAAGGUGACUUCUCCAUCCCAUCUUCUGGAUGGAAUCCUUCAAAUAGAGG